UUAAAUUCCAAACGGUUUACAUCCAGACAAGGCGAGGGUUUUUCAAAAGCACAUCAGUACUUCUUGAUCACCCUGCAGUUGAACUCUGACGAAAGACGUUACAGUUUUCGGCUAAGUGCAUCUGAUUUUUUGAGCUUUGGACAAGUCAUCAGUAGGACGAGGACGAUCAUUCACUAACGCCGUGUGCGCACCAAACCAAGAUGAGUUCUGUUGAAGUGAAUGAUGAGAAUCGUGGUGUCUGCCCUGGUGGAAAGCAGAACAGUUUAGUCGAUGACAUUUUUGCCCUGGACCAGCCAACUGGGAGGCCCUCUAUCCUGCGCCAGACAGAAAACCUUCCCAGUAAGGCUGUGCCAAAAGGGACAAAGGUUUGUUUUCAGACUCCAAGAAGAGACCCUGUCACUAAGAGAAUUCUGUCUCCGACCAAGUCUGUUAAGAUGGCAAGUGUGGAUGAGUGUACAAAAGCGAUGGAUUCCUUAAAAUUGGAUCAAACAAAUACUUCGCCACUAGAUUCCACUGAGCAAUCUGAUGAACCCAAAACAGGAAUGUCCUCUUAUCCUGAUGAUGAUAUGCCGAUACAAAGCAAAGGAGGCUAUCAGUUGGAUUUUGACAACAUUGAUGCCAUCAAUCCAUUUCAGGGGUCUAAUAAAGUGAUGCUCUCUCCUGCAAGGCCUGCUGUUGAAAACCCUCCUACACACCAAACUGAGUCCCAACACACAAAACCAGAGAAUAUACUGGAGGAGCCUACCAAAAUCGAAUCGGCAUUGGACGAGACGCUUCCGUUCAUCCAGUCUGUGGAAAACUCGCUGGCCGACAUGUCUGCUGACAUCAGCUCCACAGAGAGCAGUGUGGUCACAGUAGUGAAGGUGCCAGCGGUCGAGGAAAUAGAUUCAUACACUGCCACACCUGAUGAGAAACAACCUGCUAAAAUGUCCGUAAAUGCAGGUGAAGACAAAGUGUCGGGUACUUUUGUGGAAGAUGCUCCACUGCCAGCGAGAGGUUCUUACACCUUGGAUUUUGACAACCUCGAUACAAUAAAUCCUUUCCAGACUGGUGGCUCUAAAAUGCAGAAUUCCCCUGUUAUUGGGAGAAAGGUACCAGACAACAGCCCACCUGCCAAGGAAGUGCAGAUUAUGGAAAAUAAGACCACAGAUGUUGUUGAUGUACCAGAAGUGGCUCAAGAGGUGCCUGCUCACCCUGAGGUGAAACCCAUAGCUGCAGUGGCCCCGAUCUCAGCUAAUGCUCCUAAACCUUCAGCUGCUGAAUCCACGCCCGAGCCAUCUGAUGGUCCAGUCAAAGAGGGACCGGUCAAACUUGAGUUCAAUUUCGACGACAGCGGUGAGGUCAGACAGAAACCGCCACCCAAGAAAUUUGGAAAAAGGCCACCUGGUCUAAAAUCUAAAGCAGGAAAGCCGGCGUCUGAUGUCAAACCACCAAAAGAAACUCCAGUGAAGCCUGAUGCCAGUGACGAUGCUGAUGUUCCAGUUCCCAAUGGGGCUUACUCAUUUGACUUUGACAAGUUUGACGACCCAAACUUCAAUCCAUUUGGCACAAAAUCGAACAUGAACAACUCUCCAGCGUGCAGCAAGAAAUCCAGCCCUGUGCUCGUGGAGGCUUCCAUUCCAGAUCAAACGGACAAGCCUUUGGAGAAGGAAGCGGUAUCACCAGCAUGUGCUGAAGAGAGCAUCUCAGCUGCUGAUCCCAACCCUGGAGUAAAUCUCGAACACAAGGCAGCCUCUGACCAGGAAUUGCUGCUUGAUGCUGAACAACCUGUGGAGAUUCUUCCUGAGCAGAAGUCACUGGCCGCCAUGUCAGAAGUGGAAGACGAGUUUGUUCCUGGAACUGUGUUCAUGGCCAAUGACUUUGGUGGACAAAUCGAUUACCUUGAGCAGUUUGGCUCCAGCAGCUUCAAGGAGUCUGCAUUGAGGAAACAAUCCUUGUACCUUAAAUUUGACCCCCUGCUGAGAGAGAGCCCAAAAAAGUCUGCAGGCCCGGCUGCUCAGACCCACGUCCCUCGCCCGGCCGCCUUUGUCUCACAGCUUGAACGGAGGGAAGAUAAAGAGGCAUCAAAUGGACCACAAAAGAAUGAUUUCAAACUGUUUGAUGAUGCUACAAUGCCACCUCCUCCAGUCCUCAAGAGCCUCGUCCCUCCUUUCCCCCAGCCAGCAAACACAGAGGAUUCCAUUAUCGAAGUGCUGAAGUACAGUCAGAAAGACAUGGAUGCAGCCAUCGCCAGGGUGCACGCAGAAACAAAGGAAAAAGAGGAGCAAUGGAGUGCAAAGUAUAAAAAGCUACUGGAUGAUGGUCAAGAAAUGAGGAAAAUAAUUGCAGAAUUUGAGCUCAUGAUUGCACAAAUGAUGGCUGAUCGAGAGAAGGAGAGGGAGGAGUUCCAGACGAAGCUCAACGAGGCCCUGCUGGAGAAGGAGCAAGUGUCCAGCGACCUGAACACCAUGGAGAGAUCUUUCGCCGACCUUUUCAAGAGACUGGAGAAGUACAAGGAUGUUGUUCAGGGUUACAAAAAGAAUGAAGAGACAUUGAAAGCUUGUGCUCAGGACUAUCUGGCGAGGAUCAAAAAGGAGGAGCAGCGCUACCAGACUCUUAAAGCCCACGCUGAGGAGAAAAUUAGCCAAGCAAAUGAAGAAAUUGCGGAGGUGCGGUCCAAGAACAAGGCCGAGGUAUCAGCGCUUCAAGCACAGCUGCGACGAGAGCAGCUGAAGGUGCAGUCGUUGGAGAAGAGCCUGGACCAGAAGGAGAAGGAGGCCGAAGAGCUCACCAAACUCUGUGAUGAACUCAUCACCAAAGUGCAGAAGGGUUGAGCUUGUGUAUUUUAUAUUUUAAUGACUUUUUUCUCAUUCUUCUUUGUUGUUGUCCAGAUGAGCUUCUUCUAAAGUGUGUUGUUUGUCUUUGUCAAUGUUCCUUAUAAUACUGUAAAAAAGUUAAUAAAGAUGAUCUAAGUAUUCUUUGUGGUAA